GUCCAAGUUUUGGCAUGGGAUUACUUCAAUAUAAGUUGGUGCUGGCUAAAGAUGCUAUUAAGGUAAAUGGGACAUUUCCUAGGAUUCCACAGUAUAUAGAGGAAUGCCAGUAUCCAGAAGCACUAGACCCUGCUAUAGUGCAAAGCAGUAUGGUUAUUUGCAGCUUCUCUGCUGGCUUCUACAAUGGAACUUCAACUCUCACAGCCAUUAUAGAGACGGCAAUGGCUCUCGAAUUUAUGGGGUUCGUCCUCAUUGCAAAUCCAAUUUACGGAGACUUCAUAGCAGAACCUAUUCCCUUUUCUGUUCCUGGCAUAAUGAUCCCGAAAACUAGUGAUGCCCAAAUCAUAACGCGAUAUUAUGAGCAGCAAACUUACCGGGAUAAUCAAGGAGUCGUAACAAGAUAUGGUGGCAGGGCAGCUAUUGGUGAGGGAAGAAUUGCUUCUUACAUGGACCGAGCUCCUAUUCUUAGCAGGUUCUCUUCGAGGGGGCCUGAUUAUAGUGAUCAAAGGAGGAGCCCUGCUGAUGUGCUUAAGCCUGACAUUUUGGCACCAGGGCACCAAAUUUGGGCAGCUUGGAGUCCCAUGAGUGUUCUUAAUCCUAUCCUAUCUGGAUACGAUUUUGCGCUGAUAUCUGGAACCAGCAUGGCAACGCCUCACGUUGCAGGGAUAGCUGCACUUAUCAAGCAAAAGAAUCCGUCAUGGACUCCCUCGAUGAUUUCUUCAGCAAUGUCAACAACAGCUACCAAACAUGACAAUAGAGGAGAACCCAUAAUGGCUGAAGGCUUUGCCGCCUACAGCUUAUAUCCUGCCGCCCCUUUUGGGGUUGGUGCUGGCCUUGUUGAUCCCGUCCGUGCCUUGGACCCGGGACUCGUAUUUUCUUCCGGAUACGAAGACUACCUUAGUUUCUUGUGCUCUCUUCCAAACUCUGAUCCAGCAAAAAUCAGAAUCGCCACGGGAGGAUCAUGUGCUGCAACUUUUAGCAACCCGACUGACCUAAACCUGCCAUCGGUGACAAUAUCUGCACUAUCUGGCUUGCGGUUGGUACACAGGAUUGUCGAGAACGUAUCAAACAAACCAGAGACUUACCUAUGCGCAGUGCUCCAACCAAAGGGAGUGAACGUUACAGUAAAUCCACCUCAGUUCACUAUAAAUCCAGGAGGAAACCAGAAUCUGGAAAUUACACUAACUGUAAUGCUAGUACUCGAUGACUUCAGUUUCGGUGAAAUUGUUCUGACGGGAAGUCUAAAUCACAUUGUGAGGAUGCCCUUGUCAGUUUUUCCUGUUGCACUGUAAUUGGGAGAAGGAUUUCGUCUAUCAAGCCAAAUAACAUGCUAGGAGAAGAUGGGGAUGGGGAAUACUAUAGACACAAGAUGUUGAAUAUAUUAAAGCUUUCAUACAAGAAAGGCCUACAUAUCUGAAAUAUAUAUUACUUUAAAUUAGUACUUGAGAAC